GUUUCCGGUGUCUUAUAACAUUUUACUUCCUUCCACACAGACCGACACGAACAAAUCGAGAAAGAAGACGUCGCUAACUUUAAAAUACCGUCGCUAACGGUGGUGUUUUGAUCUGGUAGUUCGUAACAUUUCCACUCUAAAAAAUGCGCCAUGUGGCGAGUGUUGUGUAAGAAGUGAAUCAUUGUUAAGAAACGUAGAUUGUAACGUGUAGGCCUCCGAAGAAAGUUUGGUCGAGGGCCUGUAAACAACAUGUCCUCCGCCUCGCAGCCUUCCUCCAGACGGCAAUGGUGCUACCUCUGCGACCUGCCGAAGAUGCCCUGGGCCAUGCUGUGGGAGUUCAGCGAGGCUGUGUGCCGGGGAUGUGUUAACUACGACGGGGCAGACAGGAUAGAGCUCCUCAUUGAGACUGCCAGGCAGCUGAAGAGCACACACGGAGUUUUAGACGGCAGGUCCCCCGGUCCCCAGCAGGGUAAACCCAGCUCGGUCGGGCCCCUUGAUGCAGGGCGGCAGCAUGGAGAGCGUAUAGAAAGGGGGAGGGGUGAGUACGGGGUGUCUUCUCGUCUCCCAAAUGGCCUGCACAGAGCUGACGAUGUGGGCUCGGAGGGCAGCAGACAGAGCCCGAACACCCGCCGGGCUAUAGUCGGGGCAGUUCCUAGUCUUCAUGGAGCAAUAUCUCAUGCUUUGAUAGCUCAGGGGUUAGUAGCAGCCCCUCAUGGGCUUCUGACCCCCUUAUCAGGCUCCAGGGCUGGGGGCACACCAAUUGCAGCUGGCCCUAUUAUGGGAGACGGUGGCAGAAGGCAGGUUGUGUCCCUGGGUGUGGGAGCUAGCACCUCAGCUCUGGUGGGUAUAGAUCCUGCAGUGUGGAGGAACAAUGAGGUGAUGGCAGAACUGAAUGAGGUGGCUCGCAGCCGGGUUGAAGGCUGGCCAAAUCGCCCCAAAGCAGUCAGGGAUGUUCUUGUAGCUCUCAGCAGCUGUGUCCCCUUUAAUGUGCGCUUCAGGAAAGACCAUAAUCUGAUGGGUCGUGUUCUGGCCUUUGAUGCCAGCACAACUCCAGAGUUUGAGCUGAAGGUGUUUGUGGAGUACCCAGCUGGCUCUGGAAUGAUCUUCUCAGGAGUCCCUGACCUGGUCAGGCAGAUGUUCCGUGACUCAGCCAAAGAUGCAGGUAAAGCGGUGAACUCUGGGCUACGCUAUGUGGAAUACGAGAAGCGGCAAGGCACUGGAGACUGGCGUGGGUUGUCUGAGCUGUUGAAUGAUGGUGUGCGAAUGUUUAAAGAGCCCCCCAUUCCAGAGGUCCUGCCACAGCCAGAUGCAGGUUUGCCUAUGGCAGCAGCUGGACGCCCUGCAGCAGCAAAGAACACCACCCGGCGUCGCAAGGCUUCUCCGGGCUCUGAGAACGGAGAGAGCGAAGGCAGGCCUGAUCACCCGGCGAGAGAGCCCUGGCCACGAGGUGCUUACUCAGGCAUGGAGCCUCUUCCUGGCAUGGCUGCCCCUCAGGAGGGUCCACCCCGUCUACACAGCCAGCCCUCACCCAUCUCAGCGCUCAUGGGAGUCGCAGACAGCCUGAGCUCCAGUCAGAUGGCCAGAGAUAGCCCCAGCAUGUCCACAGCCCAUUCCUCCUCAGCUGGGCGUCCCACCAGCAGCAGCCCAUCAACUUCCUCCACCUCGGUCUCCCAGGCAGCCUUGGGUCAGGGGUUGAGUGUGGGGGGGCCGAGCACCAACGCCAGUGCUGGUGAGUCUACGAGCAGCUCUCAGGGCACCCUGCUGUGCUGCACCCUCUGCAGAGAGCGCCUGGAGGACACUCACUUCGUCCAGUGUCCGUCUGUCCCGCACCACAAGUUCUGCUUCCCCUGUACCAGAGGAUUCAUCCGCAGCCAGGGUCAGGGUGGGGAGGUGUACUGCCCCAGCGGAGAGCGCUGUCCCCUGGCUGGUUCCUCGGUGCCUUGGGCCUUCAUGCAGGGAGAGAUCUCCACCAUCCUGGCCGGAGACGGAGACGUGACAGUAAAGAAGGAGAGCGACCCUUGACGUCUCCAUCCUCUUGUGGUGAAUGUGGAUCAAACACUUUGAAAGCACUUCCCUAUAAUCUCAAGCAGAGGGCCACUGUGGCUGCAGCUCAUCGUGUGUGCCUCUGAGAACAGAAGAACAGCUACACACACUGUUAACUAAGGACACACCGAGACUCACUGAUGAGGAGAGGGGCGUGUCCUCUGUCAGGACUCGUCACAGCUGGAUCCUGACCAAACCUCUCCUCUCCAUCAGGCCUCGCCUUCAUUACAUUACAUGACACUUGUUAGACGCUUUUAUCCAAAGCGACUUACAUACUCAAUACUGUGGGCGAUCCUCACAGGAGCAAUUUGGGGUGAGGUGUCUUCAGGGACACAACGACAUGCUGACUGCAGUGGGGUUUGAACCUGUGACCCCCUGAACCCAACACCAGCGCACUAUUCCACUGCGCCACACGACUCCCACGCCUUCAGAGCCCAGGAUAGAAAGCACACGCUUGUUUUAGGAAUGACAAUCUAUUUGGUCUUUCAUUUGUGUUACUGUUAUACAAGUUGCAUACUGUCCUAAACAUAUGGGUGGCAGCGAUAUUGACAGAUUGGACAUUUUCAAAAAAACAAAUGAAUGUUCAAACUGGCAAAACCAUUGGGUCCUUAAAGCCAAGGAUUGAAAAAAUGUAAUCUCACAUCAUGUCUCUUAGGUAUUCUCCUUCUAUUGUAUGUCAACAAUGUGAAUUUACUUUCAAUAUGGCUAUGUAAUUUCUAUUUUUGAUACAAUACAAAUUUAUAUGCAUUUGUUUAUAGUGAUAAGAAGACCAAAGAUGGCUUCCUGCUCAAUGUAAUUUUAUUGUAUUGUAGCUGUAUAUGCUGUACUCACUGAUAACCUUGGCAUUGGUCACUAAUUUGUUCAUCUAUCACAGAGGUAAGCUUGUUUUGUCUAUUUACUUUUAGAAUGAAAUGUAUGUUAAGAUAAUUAGCACCACAAUCUUCAAUGGUUUAACCACAUACUCGUGAUGUUAACAGGUCAAUUCUACAAUAAAUUACAAAAUAGUCAUC